UUCUGAAGCGGAAUUUAAUUAUGAACAUCAAACACUAUAACCAUAUGGUUUAUUAUUCAAACUUUAAUCUUUCUUAUCGCGGACAAAUUCGUUUUAUUGAAAAAAUAGUGAACUACCUACCCACUUUACCAAGCAUAGUUUUAGAGUUCAUAUUACAAGCGAGAAUGUACCUUCCAUACAUUUUCGUUUCUUUUUUCGCCUGUCAAAGUGUUUUUUCGCUCACUAAUAUUCACAAAAAGAAAUCUCGAGCGCUGACAGAAGUCGAAGAGUUUGCCAAUGCAUUAGACGGGCUGUUAAACUUCGCCUCUCAACAUUACGACGAAAUCAAUUUUGAUGGAGCUUUAGGAUUAGUUUUGGCAGAAGCGAAUUUGUACACGGCGAUAGCUAGACAUCAGGAUAUGGGCAAUUUUGCUAUUUUAGACUAUCUAAUACAUAAAAUAAGAAUUGUAAAAUCCAGAGUUCUGAAAGGUCUUCAACUAUCAAAUCGAUACCGCCUUUUUGGAAAUUAUUUAUUGAGACCGUCGUUUUGGAGUAACCAUUUAAAUUUCAACUUCGGACUUUUAACAGACUACGGAAUGUACAAUUACAGUGAUUUUCGAAGAGUAAUUGCAGAAAAAAAUGCAGUAUAUAAGGGAGUUAAAUCUGACGACUGUUUGGAAGAAAUUCUUAAUGGAAUUGGAAGAAGAAAUACUACAAGAUUAUGUUACAUUAGUCCUAAAUGUCAUGAAAUGAUGUUGGCUGACAGAACUGAUGUUUCCUACCUUCUAACACACAGGCUGUUCUAUUUGCAAAUCUUGAGAGGGACAAACUGCACAACAAAUAUAAACUUUGUUCUAAAAACACAACACUUUUGUUCGCUAAUACUUCGAGAGGCGAAAACAAAUGAAUAUUACGGUUUUCCACAACACGAUUUAUUUUUAGAACAAGUGUCUUUUUGUGGAAUGGAAGGCUUUUCGGAAUUUUUAAUUCCUAAUUGGCGACGAAAAAUACUUUGGUGGCAAUCUCCUCAGGGAUGUUAUAAAAACAGGGCACAACCGUUUAACAACAAGUACCUUUUCACUCGAUCGGAAAAUAAUAUCAGUUAUGGUUGCACUGACCAUACAACAGGAUUGGGAGCUGCUGCUUUAGCAUUAAAUUUACGAUUUCUAAUACAUACGACACCUGCACUACAGUUAAAGUAAUAAAUAAAACGAGAAUUCGAAAUUUCACGAGUCUUUUAUUUUAGAAAAUCUGAGAGCAGAAUUUUAGAAUCUCGUUGAUAUAUUAUGUAAUGGUGAUACAAAAUGGCCCCGGGAUCUCUUUAAAGUAAAAAAUAAUAGGUGCCUAUAGGAUUGAGAACCUCCUCCUUUUUCGAAUUUGGUUAAAAAAACCUCAACGCGUUGUAUCGGUAACAGUCGCCUACCAUUUUCGAACAAUGCCGUCUAUCAACCAAGUGGGUUCUUCACAUGAAUUUUUCAUGGAUGUUACGGGACACAGAAUUAUUCAGAAUGACAUUAUACAGAUCAAUCUCAUUUCAUUCACAUUUGGAAGUGAUCUGUGGUAGAAACGAAAAAACUCGCCGUACCCAUUCAGUUACAUUCGCAUCCCUGUACAUGUGGGCAGGUAUGGUCCGGUCUAUGGGAAACAAGUCUUUCUGCCUCAAUCUAGAUUGUAUGCAACAAUCGUAGCUACCUGUUUCGGAUGUCUUUUUUUGUUACGAACGUCUGGACGUUUAUUACAAGCUUACCUUCGAGGCGAAUAAGAACAUCGACGACAUGACGUGUGUUUUCUCCAUUCGGAAAAUGAAAUGUCGAUAUGAAGAAAAGAGUAUUUCAAAAAGUAAACCUGAAACGCAUUUCGACACGCAAGGUGUCAUCCCAUCCUCAGUCAGAGAUCAGUAUCCAUCAAGAUCGAUUAUCAGAAAACUCUCUACCUAUAUGUAUUUCUUGUUACCAAUAUUAUUCUUGCAAUUAGUUACGCUGGAAUAUUUGUUAACAUCAAUUUUUCCACUUUUCUGACAUUUUAAUGUUAAUUCUACAUGAAAAAUGUACUAAUGAAUAAUUAUACAUAGUCAGCUACAAAAGAGAUUAAUACAAAUUUUAAGAUAACUUGAUGAGGUUAAAGGAGGUAUUUGAAAGAAGUCAAUCAGGUCCACGAGGGGUUGCAACCGCGAAAGCGUGUUUUAGACCCACCAUUCCAUCACCUACUUAUUCAAGAAAAAAAUUGCUGUCUACCCCUUGUUUUUCGACCAUUUGACUGCCCUAUCAACUAACUUAUAUUUCGUGAAUUUAAUUUAAUCUAGGUAAUUUUUUUACUUAUGGACCCAACCUGGUGACCAAGCAAAAUAGUAAAAUGGAACUUUUUUUAUAAUACCACCGGUAAGUAAGUAGCUUGACCUGUUGGCUGGCAACAAGCCUUCAGUACACACGCGUCGUUAAGUUUAGAAUCAUUCAAGAGAAGCUACCUUCCUCCAAGUAAUACAAUAACCGCCGACUGAAAACGGGUUUCAAGAAGAUCGCUUUAGGAAACGGUAACAUCCGUUAUAACAACGUAUUGAACCUACUGCUAACCGGCACAUAUUAGUUGGUUACUGAAAGAACGCUUUUUGGUAGAUAUUUAAGAUAUAAUUAUCAUCAAUUUAAAUCUAAUAGAAUAAGGGCUUAGAGGAUCAGAAUUAAGAUUUAUAAAUUGGUAGAUUCUAGGUACACAGGCCGACAAAAUCUGGGCAACCCUAAUAUUACCCAAUAAUAUACUGACGCGCUGAAUUCGAUAAGUAAGUAUUACAUUAAAAGUUGCUUUCUGUUGGGGUUGUGUGAGUUUAGGAGAUUGUGGUUUAAACGAUUGUUAAUUCAAAUUUCGAUUUAAUAAAAUGAACGCAAAAGCACUACACUAAUAAAUGUCCGAAGUUACUUCCUUCUUUAGGGAGUAGAGACAACUGAAAACUAGAGUCACUGGACCAUAACAUUGGUUAAAAUUUAUGAUGUUCACAUUUUAAUUCUUUUCAGUUCCUAAAGAAAGUAAUUUUAUUAUCGAAAAGUACUUUACAUGUUCAAUGUUACGUUUUGGCGACCGGGUUUUAGCUACCUUAGUAGAUAUUUAGUGCGUUCUGAAGUAACGCCACUGUUCCACUCUUUUCUUGAAAAGAACCAAAUUAAAAUUUUAAUAUAUAAGGUAUUAGACGUAGAUUAGAUUACUGUUCGCAAAUA